GGGAUUUGAACUCGCUGGGAGGUGAGAGCGCUAAACACUGCACCCCUAUACACCUAGAUAAGUGAACAUGUUCAAACCACUGCCAAUCAGGGCUCAGCCACGCUUAAUGAAUGUACAGAGAAAAAAGCGAAAAACAGAUCUCAAAUGAGAAACCAGCUGCUUCAGUCUGGUUAAACCUCUUGGACAGAUUUGGACGAUUCAUUGUUCCAUUGAUCGGGACAGAUACUGACCUAAAAUCCUCCAACAAAACUCAACACUCAAUUUUUCUUUACAAAGUAUGGCAGUCUGCAAAUCUAUGGAUCUAACAAUUCUCAGUUUAAAAUUGAACCAAAUUGAAGGGGAAAGUGAAUCGUUGCAUCCCUAAGCAUUAGGUCUACCGUAAAGUGUCAAACACGUAUUGAUCUAAAUUUAAGAAGGUAUAAUUUAUUUUAUAAUUACAUUACAUCCAGCUUAUGAGUCAACUGAAAUAUUUUUCUCCUUUGGUUCUCGCUUAAUAGCAAAUUAAAAAAGGAUUUUUCUAAACGUUUUGUUCUUUGUUGUUGUUUCGUGAUUCACAAGUCAAAAGUCGAACUGAAACCAAUCCGUGAGCCAAAAACUGAGGUUUGAACAGAAUCUUAAAGAUUACUGCAACCCAAGUAAAAUGUAAUACAGAACUGUUUAAUGUGAUCUGAAUGCACUGGGAAAACUAUGAGAUGUGUUCCGGGAAAAAUGCAACAGUCUGCGAGAUUUAUUGUGAAGGUGUUGCAUGAAGAAUAGAGUAACUCCUGACAAAAAAAAUCAGUGGAAAAAUAAAACAAAGAUGUUUUGUUUAUUUAUCCACUAAUGGCUUUUGAUGACAACAUGGAUUACAACACAAAUCUGCAUCUCAAAUCCUUUGAACCAAAACUUGGAAUUAUAAGACUUGGAGCAAAGUGACCUCUAUCUUGUGACCCACAUCUCUCUCUCAGGGGGCAGAGACAGACAACACAGACAUGGCAGGCAUACAAAAGAGAAAGGUGAAAAUAAGGCAUUGCAGACUUGGGCUGAAAAUUCUAUUUGUUGUAAUAAUUGUUAUAGUAAUUUUUUGUUCUUUAGGAGUAUUGCUCACAUCUGAGGAAGAAAAAUGUAAAAAACAAAAAAAAGUAAUUUUUACAGUCUGUCCAGAAACUUUUGAUCUAUUUUUUUUUUUAGACUUCAUAUAGGUUUUGCUUUUUCUUAACCCGACACUUUUAAAACACAAAUUUGAGAUGAGUGACAGAAAAGCUGAGCCAAUACCAGUAAAACUGUGAGAUGUAUUGCUGGAAGGACGGAAGGCAAACCGGGAAUGGUCAGGAGCUGGAAUUUGUCCGUCCACCUGUCACUUUCUCACACCCUCUCCGGCUCUAACUGGACAUGGCAACGGCGGCCAGGGACGGGUGACUAAUCUACCCGCGGUAAUGAAUGAGACACCACCCCCUGAAUGCCAAAAGGUUGUUGGUCAGGGGUCGCUUUUAGUGUGGAUGGCACGCACGACUGUGCCAACCAAAUGUGGUGAUUUCCUGCCGAGGGUUAAUCUUAAUGCGCAAGACUGAGUGGAGGAGACUGAACAUUUGCAAAUAUUUUAAUGAUGGAGACCUGUGAUGUGCAGGUGGAAAAGGAGAAGACUCUAUGGCCGAUGAUGAUGAUGGUGAUGAUGAUGUGCUGCUGUCUGACUGAGCGGCGUGGGAAGCUCUGUUCCUGCGCUCAUCAGUUCGUCUUGACUGUCGAGUAGCUCGGACGUGGCUUAUCUUCUCUUCUUAAUGCGCAGGCGUGAUCCAAUCUGAGCCCCUCAAAAAAAAAGAAGGGAAAAAAUCUGUUCCCAUCAGAACUGCGCGUAGCGUGCGUUGCUCAUCGUGCUGGGCUCAAACCGAUGCUGACAUUUUUGGAGCGGCCAUAUCCAUGUUGCUGCUCCUUCACUGAAAGAGUGGAAAUGCAGAGCUGCUGGCGAGCUGAUCUCUCCGGAAACUACCGUCCAACCUGUGGAUAGUGCGGAGCCCGUCCGUGGCCACCGGCCAGCCUCCUCUGUCUGGGACGCUCUGCCUCCAGCGCCGCGUCGGCGUCAGAUCUCCGUGUUCCGUCUGAGCUAAGCUGUGUGCAGGUAUUCAGUUUAUGAAUGGCACUGACAUGGAGGAAAUACCGUUUCAGAAAGUCAAAACCAGGAGGAAGAGAAGUCACUGUCCGCCGGGCGUCCCUCUGACCACCAUCGCGUGCGAGGACGAGUUCGACUGCAAGGAACUUGAGUCUCUCUUCCAGAACUACAACCUUAAACUGGAGCAGACUUCCACUCUCAAAGCCUUGGCGGUCCUCAUCUUCAUGUCCUUCACAUUGGCCGUGGUGGAGUUGCUGUCCGGCCCCAGCCUUACCAUCUCCAAGGGGUCCCACCCGGUCCACUGUGUCAUCUUCCUCUCUCUUUUCAUCGUAACUAAUGUCAAGUAUCUACAAGUGACUCAGCUCCAGCAGAUCGUCAACCUGACGCUGCUCUUCGGCUUCACUUUCUCCUUCCUGUGCUGUCCCUUCUCGCUGGGGGCGAUGGGGAUGGAGCCCCCGACCUCCCCGGAGCAGGGCGUGUGGCAGCUGAUCCUGGUCACCUUCGUCGCCUACGCGCUUUUGCCUGUGCGGACGCUCUUGGCUGUGCUGCUCGGACUGAUGGUUUCCAUCUCGCACUUAAUUGUGACCGCCACUUCUGUCACAGUGAAAACACAGAAACUGUGGAGAACGUUGGUUGCCAACACAGUUCUGUUCACCAGUGUCAACCUGUCAGGCCUGUUUGUGCGCAUCCUGACAGAGCGGGCCCAGAGGAAAGCGUUCCUGCAGGCCCGCAACUGCAUUGAAGAAAGACUUCGUAUGGAGGACGAGAACGAGAAACAGGAGCGCCUGCUAAUGAGUCUGUUACCCAGGAACGUAGCCAUGGAGAUGAAAGAGGAUUUCCUGAAGCCACCUGAAAGGAUCUUUCACAAAAUCUACAUCCAGCGUCAUGACAAUGUCAGUAUCUUGUUUGCAGACAUCGUUGGUUUCACCAGCCUGGCUUCUCAGUGCACAGCGCAGGAACUCGUUAAGCUGUUAAAUGAGCUUUUUGGAAAGUUUGAUGAGCUCGCCACGGAGAACCACUGUCGCAGAAUUAAGAUCCUGGGAGACUGUUACUACUGCGUUUCUGGACUGACCCAGCCCAAGACUGACCACGCUCACUGCUGCGUUGAGAUGGGCUUAGACAUGAUCGACACUAUAACGUCAGUAGCAGAGGCCACAGAAGUCAACCUUAAUAUGCGAGUGGGCUUGCACACCGGCCGAGUGCUGUGCGGAGUGCUGGGCCUCCGGAAAUGGCAGUAUGAUGUUUGGUCAAAUGAUGUGACCCUGGCCAACGUUAUGGAAGCUGGAGGCCUACCAGGGAAAGUUCACAUCACCAGAUCUACACUUGAGUGCCUAAAUGGAGACUAUGAGGUGGAGCCUGGAAAUGGCCACGAAAGGAGCGCCUUCCUCCAAAAACAUGAAAUAGAAACCUUCUUUAUUGUGCCAUCUCACCGACGAAAGAUAUUCCCAGGAUUGAUUCUUUCGGAUAUAAAGCCCGCCAAAAAGAUGAAGUUCAAAACCGUGUGCUACUUACUAGUGCAGCUUAUGCACUGCAGGAAGAUGUUCAAGGCUGAGAUUCCCUUCUCCAAUGUCAUGAACUGCGAGGACGGGGAUAAGCGGAGGGCCAUGAGAACUGCUCCCCAAAAGCUGAGAAACCGCAACAACGCCAACCAGGCGAAUGUGAUCCAAAGCAGUCCCAGGACCCGGGUCAACCGUUACAUCGGUCGGCUGAUCGAAGCCCGACAGACCGAGUCGGACACAGCGGACCUGAACUUUCUGACACUCAUGUAUAAAUGUUCUGAGCGCGAGCAGAGGUACCACCAGCUUCCGGAUGAGUACUUCACCAGUGCAGUGGUCCUCUCACUGAUCCUAGCUGCCUUGUUUGGCCUUGUUUAUCUUCUCAUCAUACCACAGGGGAUGGUGGUACUUGUCCUUCUUGUCUUCUGCAUCUGCUUCCUAGUAGCGUGUAUCAUGUACCUUCAUAUCACAAAAGUUCAGUGUUUUCCAGGAUGCUUGACCAUCCAGAUUCGCACUGCUCUUUGCAUUCUCAUAGUGCUCUUAAUUUACGCCGUGGCCCAGGCCUGUGUGGUGGGCUGCAUGCCCUGGAUGUGGGGAAGUGCCAACACCAACAGCUCUAUUGUAAUUAUUGAUGUGGACAGUGGAGCAAAUUACACCAUGGAAGAGCUGCCCUGCGAUGGCGCCCGUUACGCCUUCCUGUCCUGCGUGGUGGGCACUCUCACUCUGGCCCUCUUCCUUAGAGUCUCCUGGCUGCCAAAGAUGGCGCUGUUGCUUCUUCUGGGGGUGCUGUAUGUCACAGUAUUGGAGCUCAGUGGCUUUCGCAGGACUGCAGGUGGGGGGUCCUUCCACAUCCGGGGCUUUGAGCCCAUCCUGUCUCUGUUGCUCUUUGUCAGCGCCCUGGCCCUCCACUCCAGGCAACUUGACCUCAAACUGCGCUUGGACUUCCUAUGGGCUGUUCAGGCGGAGGAGGAAAGAGAUGGGAUGGAGAAAGUCAAGCUGGAUAACAGAAGGAUCCUCUUCAACCUCCUGCCUGCACAUGUGGCUCAGCACUUCCUAAUGUCAAACCCCAGAAACAUGGUGAGCCAAGCUAAUAGACAGGCAGGCAUGCAGACAGACAAACAGGAUCUCUACUAUCAGUCUUACGCUCAAGUCGGUGUCCUGUUUGCCUCCAUUCCAAACUUUAACGACUUCUACAUAGAGCUGGAUGGCAACAAUAUGGGGGUGGAGUGCUUGAGAUUGCUUAAUGAGAUCAUAGCUGACUUUGAUGAGCUCAUGGAUAAGGAGUGUUACAAGGACAUUGAGAAGAUCAAAACUAUUGGCAGCACAUACAUGGCAGCUGUGGGACUCGUCCCCACCAUCGGAACCAAGGCUAAAAAAUCAGUUCAUGACCAUCUGAGCACAAUUGCGGACUAUGCUAUUGAGAUGUUUGAUGUCUUGGAUGAAAUCAACUACCAGUCAUACAAUGAGUUUGUGCUGAGAGUGGGCAUAAAUGUGGGCCCGGUUGUGGCAGGAGUGAUUGGAGCCCGGCGACCUCAGUAUGACAUCUGGGGAAACACGGUCAAUGUGGCCAGUCGGAUGGACAGCACCGGUGUUCCGGGAAAAAUACAGGUAACUGAGGAUGUUUACCGGCUUCUGAACAGCAACUACGACCUGGUCUGCCGUGGCAAGAUCAGCGUGAAGGGCAAAGGUGAGAUGCUGACUUACUUCCUUGAAGGGAAGGUGCAGGGCAUCGGAACUGUGACCACCUCAUUGGUGAUGCGCUCUGCAAGCCUGGCGCGUCGGAUCCACUCCUGUGGCAAGACGAGUAUCCCCACCAACUUAGGCAGUGUGUCUGCCGCCACUAGUCCAACUGCUCAUGCCAGCAUCAGCGGCAAUGUUCAGUGUGUUGCCAACAGCAGUAACAGCCAAUUGACAUGCAUGCCUUCACCCUGCGUGCCUGCCAUGGGGGAGGAGGAAGAGGAGAUGGACUUAGCUGUGACGGAUAUCCAAAUUCAGGCUGUGGCAGCUGUUGCAGAUGUAGCAGUCUAGGAAGAAAGACAAUUUAAAAGAUGCUGCGUGGAGACCUGAAGAUUUAUGAGAAAUCCUGAGCUGCUGACAUGAACAAGUGCAUGUUCAUUCAGGAUAUAAACUUCCUCAGUUGAAAAAUAUUGAAAUGGACAAUCAUCUAUGUUUUGAAAGUGUUUCUCUGCUUGCUACUCUUCAAAACAAGUUUUAGGGGGCAUACAUCUGGAGUUUAAACAUCUCCUCUAAAGUCUGUCUUACAGAUAUUUAGAUUUAUAGUGGUUUGGGGCUUUUUCAGAUCCAGGUAUAUUGUUCAUUUUUGUUUUAUAUGAAGUGCAUACAAAUUUACAAGAGAUAUGUACACUGAAAAACUCUGAUCAUGCUAUCGCUUUUGCACUGUCUUUCUAAUUAUGCCAAGGAUGUAUUGCAAUGUGUAAAAUGGUCAUUUCUCUUUGGUGUAUGUAGGCAUGCAUGUGUGUAUUUGUGAAUGUUUGUAUGCAUGUGUGGUUUACUCUGAUUUGUAACGAAACAGCACAAAACCCCUUUUGUUUGCCAGUUACGUGGGGCUUUUGAUGAUGUAUAUUUACAAUUAUUACAGAGCAUGACUUUUUUAAAUGUUGACAGCCAUAGUAAUGACUUUCCUGUUUAAAGAAAACCAAAGUACUUUCUUAGAUUUUGAGUUGUAUUACUCGCACUGCCGGAUUAAAGGACAGACGUUGCAGCUUAUCAAUCGUAUAUGGUGUAGGGUUGAUAAGUUCCAUAGAGCCGAGGUCUCUCUUUGAAACUAAAAGGCUACAGUGUCCAAGUAUAAAAGCGAUUGAAAAGGUUUAAGUUUUAAUGAAGUAUUUGUGCUAAGAAAGCACUUGUAUAGUGGCUACGUUGGCAGGGAGAAAAAAUUAGAUAAACCUACAGAUGGUACGCUGCUAUUGAAACUAGUUCAUGCCAAAAGUUGGAUAAAAACAGAGAGAAAUUUAAAAAAGCACAUACCCGAUUGUUAGCACUCCACUUCCAUAAAUGCAUGACUUUUAAAUGCUUUAAGUAAAAAUCCUUGAAGCCACAGAAACUUUAGUGCCGUGUCUGACUGCCGCUGUCUUUGAGGCAUUUGUACAUUCGUAUACUAUCGCUUCUCAUUAUAUUAAAGCUGCAGUUUGAGAUUCCAGUGGACACCAGAGAAAGUAGAAAAGGAGUUUAAAGCACUCACAGUUGCAGAAAUGUGGGACUUCACAUAUACAUAUAUUUAUAGUCUUAAUCUCACAGACGUUUCACUUGCUAAAGUGUACAUAAAUGAUGUAACAGGUUUUUUGCCUUACUCAAAAGCUUACAGUGAUUGCAAACUGCCUUUUUAGAUUUUUAAUCACUUUGAUAUGCAGAUGUUUUUUUUGUAAAUAGCCAAAAGCUGUAAACUAUGUUGUAACUUGUACAGUGUAAAGUUGGAUUAUUGAAUAUUUUGUAAUAAAUACAUUAUUGGUGUUUAAAAUA